CGCUGCAUACCUUCUCACCUCUGUAUGUCCAACAUCGGGGAACUUGAGCUUUCUGGUAUUAGGAAUGCCAUAGCUCUACCUCCUUGUCAUGUUAAUCGACAUGAUGAGCUCCUCUUACAGAAAACCGGGCCGGUUGUCAUGAUCCAUAAUCUUGAUCAUGGUUACAGUCAACUUGAUUCUUAAAGGGCGAUCUCCCCCCCUCCCUAGUUGUUCUUAUAUCCAGGCUUGUGUCUCCACGACAUUGCUCCCAUAACCUCAUCUCCAUUCCACUAGGAGCCCUACUCUUGUAAAAGAUUGAGUAUUCAAGACUGAUCUCGUCUUUGUUAAACUACCCUUCACCAUGGGUUAUCAAGAAGACCCCGAGUCAAAAGCCGUCGAGGCUCCCAACGUUUCAGACACUUCACCCGGUGUCUUGAUCGAUCACAACUCCGUCGAUAGAGAAUAUGGCCGGACCGUACGAGGUCUCUCCCCUCGACAUGUUCAGCUCAUGGCCAUCGGUGGCUCCAUCGGUACCGGUCUCUUCGUUGGUAUCGGUGGUGUUCUCUCCUCUGCUGGUCCUCUGUCUGUCGUUCUCGGUUACUUGAUCUGGGGUGUCUUCUUCGUCUGGCCUUGCAACUUGUGUGUUGCCGAGAUGUGCUCGUAUCUUCCUAUCCGUGGUUCCAUCUUUGAGCUUGCUGCCCGUUUUGUCGACCCUGCACUUGGAUUUGCUAUGGGAUGGACUUAUUUCUACGCUGGUCUUAUGCUUGUUUGUGUCGAAUACAGUGCUGUAGCAACACUGAUGCAAUAUUGGGUUCCUGACAUCAAUCCUGCUGCUUGGGUUGCGAUGGCCAUGGUCGUUUGCGUCCUGCUCAACGUUGUUGCUGUUAAGUACUAUGGUGAGGCUGAAUUCAUCAUGGCUUCUCUCAAGGUUAUCCUCCUCUUCGGUCUCCUCUUCAUCACUCUCAUCACCAUGUGCGGUGGCAACCCUAAGGGCGACGCAUAUGGAUUCCGAUACUGGAAGGGCGGCAAGGCUAUGCAGCCCUACCACGCUGAGGGAGAUCUUGGUAAAUUCUGUGGCUGGUGGAAGGUUGUUCUCUACGCUGGUUUCACCAUUGCUGGUCCCGAUAUGAUCUCUCUGUCCUCCGGUGAGAUCGCCAACCCUCGACGAACUAUUCCCCGAGUCGCCAAGCUCAUCUUCUACCGACUUGUUGGUUUCUACGUUCUUGGUGUAUUGGCUGUUGGUAUCAUCUGCUCUUCUGAUGACAAGCGUCUGCUCGGUGCUAUUGAGAACAGCGCCGCUGGUGCUGCCGCUUCCCCCUGGGUCAUUGGCAUUGAGAACCUUGGUAUCCACGGUCUCCCCAGCUUGAUCAACUUCCUCAUCCUCACUUCCGGUCUCUCUUGUGGAAACGCCUACCUCUACUCUUCUUCUCGAACCCUCUACGGUCUUGCUCGCGAUGGCCAGGCCCCUGCUUUCCUCAUGAAGUGUAACAAGGCUGGUGUUCCCAUGUACUGCGUCCUCACUGUCAGCGUCAUCAGCUGCAUCACCUUCCUCGUCGCUGGCGAGUCCUCCGUUACCGUCUUCUUCUGGUUCGUCGACCUCACCACCACCGGUCUUAUCGCCACCUACACCAUGAUGAUCGUUGUCUUCAUCGGUUGGUUCCGCGCUCGCAACGCUCAGGGCAUGGACAAGUCUACCCUGCACUACAUCGCUCCUUUCAACCCCUGGGCUGCCUACGUCGGUCUCUUCCUCGGUGUCACUGCCCUCCUCUUUAUCGGUUUCGACAAGUUCGAGCCUUGGAACACUCAGGGUUUCGUCACCAGCUACUUCUGCCACGCUUAUGCUGCUAUUCUGUUUGUUGCCUGGAAGGUCUUCAAGAAGACCAAGUUUGUCAACCCUGAGACAGCCGAUCUUGUCAGUGGCAAGAAAGAGGUUGACGAGGAGUGCAAGCACUGGGAGGAGGGUGGUAUUGAGGAGAACUACAAGCGUGAGCUUGCUGCCAUGCCUUUCUGGAAGAGGUGCUGGGAGCGUAUGUGGUAAUCGGGAACGAUAUAGCUCGAAACUGCGCAGAUGUCGUGAUAGUCAUCCAGGAUAUAGCUGGCAGUAAUACUCCAAAUACAUGUUCAUUUAAGUUA